CGUGACAUCACAUUCUCGCGAGAUGAGACUUGUGCGGCGGGAUUAUAGGAUUGUCAGUCCGGCAGGAGUCGCGGCGCUGGGCAUUCCUUCAUUGCGGGACUGAGGGCUGUGUGUUUAGCAAAGCUGGUCUGUUGGGCGGUAUGACUGACAGCCCCAGCUCUGAGCUUGCAAAAGCAAUAAAGCCUAUUGACCGGAAGUCAGUCCAUCAGAUUUGUUCCGGACAGGUGGUGCUGAGUCUUGCCACUGCUGUGAAAGAACUCCUGGAGAACAGCAUUGAUGCUGGUGCCACAAGCAUUGAUAUAAAACUUAAGGAGUAUGGAGCAGAGUCUAUUGAGGUGUCAGAUAAUGGCUGCGGUGUUGAAGAAAACAACUUUGAAGGUUUAACUCUUAAGCAUCACACAUCCAAGCUACAGGAUUUCUCGGAUCUUAUUAGUGUGGAAACAUUUGGAUUCCGUGGAGAGGCUCUCAGCUCUCUGUGUGCAUUAAGUGAUCUUUCAAUUGUCACCUGCCACAAGACUGCUAAAGUCGGAACUCGUUUGGUUUAUGACCACAAUGGGAAGAUUAUUCAGAAAUCCCCAGUGUCCCGACAGCAAGGAACAACAGUCUCCAUACAACAGCUGUUCUACACGUUGCCGGUGCGACAUAAAGAAUUUCAGCGAAACCUUAAAAAGGAGUUUACCAAAAUGGUGCAAGUGCUUCAGGCCUAUUGUAUCAUUUCAACUGGGGUUCGAAUUACUUGCACAAAUCAAGUCGGCCAGGGCAAAAGGAACCCAGUGGUAUGUUCCAGCGGUAGCACAAGCGACGUAAAGGAAAACAUAGGAGCUGUGUUUGGCCAGAAGCAGUUGCAAAGUCUGAUUCCCUUUGUUCAGCUGCCUCCCAGUGAAACAGUUUGUGAAGAGUAUGGCCUUAUUCAUGAAGAUACACCUCACGGCUUUUAUAACAUUUCUGGAUACAUCUCCCGGUGUGACCAUGGUGUUGGACGGAGCUCUACAGACAGACAAUUUUUCUUUAUUAACCAAAGGCCUUGUGAUCCAGCCAAAGUUUCAAAGAUUGUCAAUGAGGUGUAUCAUUUGUACAACCGACACCAGUAUCCGUUUGUGGUUCUCAACAUAUGCGUCAGUUCUGAGUGCGUUGAUAUAAAUGUAACCCCUGACAAGAGGCAGAUUUUAUUACAGGAGGAGAAACUUUUGCUGGCACUUUUAAAGACCUCUCUGAAUGCAGUGUUUAGCAGCACUGUGAACAAACUGGGCAUGAAUCAAACACUGGUUGACGCUGCAGGUACUUCCAGAAAGCUUAAUUUACAAGCACUGGCCUCUCCACCUUCGGAUCACACUGAUGCCAAAAGCUCUCUUGCUGUCUCCAGACUGAAGGAAGCAUUUUCCCACCAUCAAACAGCUCCUGCCAGCUCUCCGUUAACUAAGCCUAUAAAGGCCCAGCAGCCAUCCCCAAAUCAAAGAAAACUUGUAUCGUUCUUUAGCAUGAACCCAAAAGAGUGUGUCGCUAGUAGACCUUCUGGCCGUAUCCACUCAGAAAGUGAGAUAAAGAACGAACAUGGGAAUUCUCUAACUCUCGGUGCAGAUGAUAAACUGGAGAGUGACUGUGAUUCAGGAAAGGGAAGCAGCUCUGUACCAGACAGCGAAGUGGGCUGCACUACACCCGAGUUGUCUAGCCACCAGAGUGGUGAAAGUGAAACAGGCUCACCAGAGACAUUACAUACAGCUGAAAAUAAGUGUGCUGUAGAGCAUUCCAGAGCAAUUCUGGGUCAAGAAGAUGAGCCUUAUCCUGAAGAACUAGCUCAAAUCGAUAUAGCCUUAAAACCAUCUUAUUGUGAUGAUACCAUUCCAACUUGCAAGCGUGCAAAAGUAGAGGACGAUGCCCUUCCAUCAGCUUGCACAGUGCAGCCUGAUACAGUGGAUGCACCCAUGAACAUCCAGAGGAGGACCAAGCCAUUACCUUUCUCCAUGGCUAAUCUGACUAAGGGAAUGGAACGUAUAAAACAGCAGCAGCGAAUUAAAGAAGAGACAGAAAGGUAUCGCAGGUUCAGAGCCAAAAUUAAUCCUGGUGAUAAUCAGGCUGCAGAGGAUGAACUCAGAAAAGAGAUCAGUAAAGAAAUGUUUGCUAAAAUGGAAAUUAUUGGGCAGUUUAACCUGGGCUUCAUAAUAACCAAACUGGAUUCCGACCUGUUCAUGAUCGAUCAGCAUGCAACUGAUGAGAAAUACAACUUUGAGAUGUUACAGCAGGAAACGGUUUUGCAAGGGCAGAGACUAAUUGCGCCCCAGAAACUGCACCUAACGGCUGUAAAUGAGACUGUGUUAAUUGACAAUCUGGACAUUUUUAAGAAGAAUGGGUUUGACUUUAUCUUUGAUGAAGAAGCCCCCAUUACAGAACGAGUCAAGUUAAUUUCAUUGCCAACAAGCAAAAACUGGACUUUUGGGCAACAGGACAUAGAGGAACUGAUUUUUAUGUUAAGCGACUCUCCGGGUGUCAUGUGCAGACCGUCCCGAGUGAGGCAGAUGUUUGCCUCGAGAGCCUGCAGGAAAUCUGUGAUGAUCGGAACUGCAUUAAAUGUCCAUGAAAUGAAGAAGCUUGUUACGCAUAUGGGAGAAAUUGAACAUCCAUGGAAUUGCCCCCACGGACGUCCCACAAUGAGGCACAUUGCCAACUUAGACAUGAUCUCCCAAGACUGAAUGUUCUCUUCCAGUUGGUUAAACCUGGGCUGGGAGCUCCCAGCGGGUUACAGGGUUAGUUCUAACAUGGCAAAAGGGUGGGCGCCAGACCAGGUGCUCUGAUAACUACUGACUCCUAUCAGAAAUCUUUGUACAUCCAAGUGGGUUGUUUCUUAUGAAUCAUUUCACAGAACCUUUGUUUUAUGACCUUAACGUGUGCACUCAUUCUUUAUGUAGUAUACUUUUAAACAUAUCUUAAAUGUUGGAGCCAAAGUGUAUUAAAAGAGUUUGGAAACUUUUAUGAAGGGCUUCUGUGCAAGCUGUAACCUCUCAGCAUCUAAAGCAGGAUGGACUUGGCUCAUUCGUUUCACAGUUUGGGGCAUUAUUGUUUUAUAAACUGCUAUGUUAGCAAAUUAUGUUCUUCUUGUAAUAAAAGACUAUUUUUUAA